AUGAGUGAAACCAUUGAGUUACCAGAAUUAUCAGGAAUAACCCCUUCGGUAUCACGAGAAAGCAUUUUAGAUUCAUUUAAUCAACUUCAUAAACUUGCUAAAGUUCAACAAUCCAAAACAAAGACUUUUUGGUAUAAAUUUUAUGAAUUUUUACAGAUACAAUUAUUGAAUAAAGAUAAUGAAUUUGAAAAAUAUGUGUUACAUAAUGAACCCAAUGAUUGUGCUUUAAUAUCCAAAUAUUCCAAAACUACAAAAAUUGAUUUAUCUUCAACAGAUUUAUCUAUUAAUGAAAUUUACUUACAAACUUUGCAUAUCAUUCAUCCAUUGGUUAAUUUCAUGAAGAAUGAAAAUAAUCAAUCCAUUGACAUCCUGAAAGACUUGAAACAACUGCCCAUUAUUGUAUUUAUCCAUGGGUUUGGAGGUCAAAUGUCACAAUUCGAACCUUUAAUGGGUUUAUUAUCACAAUGUCUGGAAAUUAUAUCAUUAGAUUUACCAGGUUUUGGGAAUAGUAAGAUCAAAUUUAAUGAUAAUUGUCAAUUGACGGAUAUUUCACCUGAAGAAAGACACAACAUAAGUAAUUCUAUUGGUAAAAUGAAAGAUCUGGAUUUUUCAAGUGACAAUAUUGCUAAAAUCGUAGUGGAAUUCAUAACUCAAAAUAUUCCUCAAGGAAAGAAGAUCAUAUUAGUUGGCCAUUCUAUGGGAUGUAAUAUUUCAACUCGAGUAGCCAAGAAAUUACCUGAAUCAUCAGUUGAAGCCUUAAUAUUCUUAUCACCUGCCAAAUUUACUGAUGAUAUCGAAGAAAAUUUGAAAAAGAAGAAAUCAUCACCAUUGACCAAAAUAUUCAAAUUCAGUUGGAUUUUCAAGUUCACUUCAGUUUUCGAUACUUUCAGAUGUUGGGAUAGAUUAGAGGGACUUUAUUCUCAUAGUGUUACCAGACAAUUAGGAGAUUUAUCUCAAAAUUCCAAGAAUACUAAUUUAUAUAUAAAGUUAAAACAAUUUAGAUGGAAUGUAGAUAUUGAUACUUCAAUUAUCUUGAAGUAUGCUAAUACUUAUCAACCUUGUAAUCUUAGUGAUUUGAUUGUGGCCAUCAAAAGAUUCAAUGAUAAUCCUUUCGAUACCAGAGUAUAUGAGAAAGUUUUGAUCGUCACGGGAUCAAAAGAUAAAGUUGCAUUAUUAAAGGAUAUCACAAAAUUGAAUGAUAACUUAUCGCAUAUAUUCAAAAGGAAAAUCAGCAAUUUGAUUGAAAUAAAAAAUGCUGGACAUGCUUUAUUAUUAUCAAAACCAGAAUUUGUUAGUGGUAAGAUAUUAAACCAUAUUGAAUCGAGUUUUCCUGAAAGAUUACAUUUAUCUCCAGCUUGGGUAUUGAAAUUAAAAGCCGACAUUAGUGGUGAUAAAUGGGGAUUAAAAAAUGAAUUGAAAUGGCUGAAAUUAGUUCCUUUAUCAACUAAUAUAUCUAAUGGUAAUGAAAUAUCUCCAUUAUUAGGUAUGAAAACUCUCAGAGAAGGGGAUGAAAAUCAUUCCCCAAUGAUUUUAGAAAAUUAUUUCUAUAACAAUCAUCCAGAUUUGAAUCAUGAACCAAAUUUUCCCUUACCUAAAGGUAAUUUGAUUGCCAUUGUAGAUAUUUCUGCUGAUAUUCCACCUUAUAAUCCUCAAAGUUUUGAGAUCAUUAAAUAUUAUAAAUGUGCAACAGUUUCCAAAGUUGUGCCUGAUCCAAGUUCCAUCAGAAGAUUUAUUCAAUUGAUCGAUUCAAUUCUUAAAUCAUCAACAGUUGAAAACCCUUUAAUUGCAGUUCACUGUCAUUAUGGUUUCAAUAGAACAGGGUUCUUACUUUGUUGUUAUUUGAUUGAAAGACUUGGUUGGUCAGUCGAACAAGCUAUUGAAGGUUUUAGAAUGGCUAAAAGCCCAGGUAUUAAGCAUCCUCAUUUCAUUGAUGCUCUUUACGUUAGAUACGAAUCUUAA